GCAGCCUCAAAAAGAAAAGAAAAAAACAGUUGCUGCGACUCAUCCCCACCCCGCUCCGCUCGCCCUUCGCCACCGCGACGGCAACCGCCGAUGGCUCCUCGUCCCCGUCCCCGUCCCCCUCAUUCCCGGCCUGGUAACCACGCCGUGUUCCUCCUCCUCGCCGCGGCCGCCCUGGUCGAGCCCGCCGUCGGGGUGGAGAUCCUCUCCAAGUCCCGCCUGGAGCGCUGUGCCCUGGACUCGGGGGCCGGCGGCGCCCUCGCCUGCGACCGCAAGCUCGUCCUCAACCUCGCCGUUCCCAGCGGCUCCAGCGGCGGCGAGUCGUCGCUGGUGGCGCAGGUGGUGGAGGUCGAGGAGAACGAUGCGCAGGCGAUGUAGACGGUGCGGGAUCCCCCCGUCAUCACCAUCAACAAGUCCGCCGUCUACGCGCUCUACGACAUCGACUACAUGAGGGAUGUUGCUUAUAAACCAGAGGAAAUGUUUACCAAGACACAUAAAUGUGAGUCAGAUGCUGGUGCUGAUGUUGUUGGAGUUUGUGAAAGGUUAUGGGAUCAGAACGGUCACGUAGUUGAGCAUACAGAGCCGGUUUGCUGUCCAUGUGGGCCUAAUCGCCGUGUUGGUUCGUCAUGCGGAUCAAUUUUUGAUAAAAUGAUUAAAGGCAAAGCUAAUACAGCUCACUGUGUACGUUUUCCAGGUGAUUGGUUUCAUGUUUUUGGAAUUAAGAGAAGUUCACUUGGGUUCAGCAUCAGAGUACAAGUAAAGAAAGGCUCUUCUGUAACGGAGGUUAUUGUUAGUCCAGAGAAUAGUACAGUUGUUUCUAAAGAUAACUUUCUGAGGGUAAAUCUCAUUGGUGACUAUGUUCGUUAUACAAGUAUCCCAGCAUUUGAAGACUUCUAUCUUGUGACUACACGGAAGGGUGGUGGUGACGGUCAACCACAAGUCCUUGGCGACGAGUUCUCCAGGUGGAUGCUGUUGGAGAGAGUCCGGUUUACAUUAGAUGGUCUUGAGUGCAACAAGAUUGGUGUUGGGUAUGAAGCUUACAGAAACCAGCCUAACCUCUGUGGAUCACCAUUUGGGAGCUGCUUGUACAAUCAGCUUUGGAAUUUCAAGGAGUCUGACGACAAUCGAAUAAACAGAAACCAAGAGCCCCAGUAUAUUGUGCAGGGAAGAUUUGAUAGGAUCAACCAACACCCGAAUGCAGGAGCUCAUUCAUUCUCUAUUGGAAUCACAGAAAGUCUGAAUACUAAUUUGCUGAUAGAGCUGAGUGCUGAUGAUAUAAAUUAUAUAUACCAGAGGAGUCCAGGGAAAAUAAUUGACAUUAAUGUCCCUACAUUUGAAGCCUUAAGCCAAGUUGGUACUGCCAAGGUCACAAUUAAGAACAUUGGCAAACUGGAAGCUUCAUAUAGCUUGACGUUCGUCUGCUUAAGUGGCAUCAGUUAUGUGGAGGAGCAAUUCUUCAUCAUGAAACCUGGCCAAGUGCUUAUCCGCUUAUUCUAUUUGCGUUCCUCAUCAGACCAAGCAUCAAAAUAUCGCUGCUCGGCUAUUUUGAAAGGGUCAGAUUUCAGUGAACUUGACAGAGCAGAGUGCCAGUUCUCUACUACAGCCACAGUUCUUGACAAUGGAACACAGAUCGGCCCACCGAAGCAGCAUAAGAAGGGUGGCAUCAGGGGUUUCAUCGAAGCCAUCGAAACCUUGUGGCGCAACACAUGGGACAGCGUGAUCGAUUUCUUCACCGGCAGAUCAUGCAGCACCAAGUGCACGAGCUUCAUGCUGAUGGUAACAAACCUAACGGGGAGACAUACUGGACUGGACUUCCGGCGGCUGCCGGCGACUGGCGUGAUGCCGAUCCCCUUCUUCCCCUCUUCUUCUCCUUCCUCUCCUCCACCCCACCUUCUUCCCUAGCUGAUCCACUCUUCCCUGCUCUGUCGCUACUUCUAUCUCUGUUUCCUUUCUCUCAGAUCCCUUUCCUUUCCCCUUGUUCCUGCCGGAUUCAAGCCAGAGGCGAUCUUUCUGACCGGAUCUGAUGCGGCGUCGUUCGAUCCGACCGGAUCCAAGGCUUCCUUGUCUCCUCCGCAGAGUCCAUCCCCAGCCUUUGCUGUUCUUUCUACCUUUCCCGUCUUCCACUCCUCCAAUCCCCUUGUUUUUGUUUUCUGUUCCUCUCAACUUGUCCCACUUAUAAUCUUCGAUUCAAGUUUCCCAAAACCUGUUUUGCUGGAUCUGCUUUUGCGCAAUCUUUUUGUCUGGUUUAAGCCCUCUCUCUCGCGCAGGGGUCAGCAGUGCAUCGUCCUUAAGGAUCUUGGGUGCCAUGAAAGCUAUAGCGUGGAAUUGCCGAGGCAUGGGCCGGAGCCUCAGCAAUGAUCGUAUGCUAUUUCUGGCUAAUCUGAUCCGUUCUACUAAAGCGCAGUUUUGUUGUUCCUUCGAGAGGGGCCUCUGGAGGGCUCUGGCUAAUGUGGAAUGAUGAUCUCAAAGUCACUAUUCAUGCUGCUUCCUUCCACUAUAUAUUAGCUACUGUACUUCAUGUAACCACUGGUGUCCAAUUUUGUUUGGUCUGUAUAUAUGGUGAUCCCUAUCAUAGACAAACUAUUGCCAUUUGGAGUGAGAUUUCAACUUUUGUGUAUGAUAAUCUGGGUCUGCCCAUGAUGUGUAUGGGAGACCUUAAUGACAUCUUGUAUGAUAUGGAUGGUUGUAACGGCAAUGUUAACUAUUAUCGUAUGAAUGUUU